AUGCUUGACGAUUGGGUUCGCAUGUCUCUAAGUCAUUGCCGAUCGCUUCGAAGCUGUGAGACAGCGAAAGCCCGCUGCUUCCGACGAGCAGACACUGCUCAGGUAGCAGCCUUGGAAGAGGUCCUGAACCUCUUGACUGGGGUCGAGGAGGUCGCAGGCUCUACCGGCUCAGGCAGCCCUGGUCACGGAGUUUUGGUGGCAGCUGCUACUCCCACGUCCUCCCCUCCCAGCAGACAUCCCUCGACAACCGACCUGGAUGCAGAGAUCGCUGGCCCGAGCAUUGACCCUGCUGCUAUCUUCCAGAAAGUCCUGGAGAAGUGCGAUGUGGAUGAGGAGGACUUGGUUGAGGCCAAGCUUGCAUCGCCGCCAAAGAAAUCUGAGGCCAAGAUUUCGGCGACUUCAGCUUCCUCGCCCCCGCCGAAGAGCAAGGGCCUGUUCUUGCAUGCUCUCUUGGGCGGCUCCACCUUCGACCCGGCCGAGCAGGAGCUGCUUGUGGAGCUGGAUGAGAAGUCUGUCCAGACCGAGAAGCCUGCUCCGAAGCCCAAGAAGAAAGCAAAAGCAAAGGCUCAGCCUGCCAAAUCCCAGGGCACAGGUUGCAAAGAUGCGACGAAGCCGCAGAAUGCGACGAAGAAAUCCAAGGCCACAGCUGGCGAAGAUGCGACGAAGCCGAAGAAUGAGACCAAGAAAUCCAAGGCCAGAGCUGGCGAAGAUGCGACGGAUCUCAAGAAUGAGGCGAAGAAAUCCAAGCGAGCUGGCGAAGAUGCGACGGAUCUCAAGAAUGAGGCCGAAGCUGGCGAAGAUGAAGGCGACUCCUUGCCGAAGAAGGCGGUUGGAAAGUCUGAGCAGGAGAAGCCUGCUGGGGCUGGCAGGAAGCGAAACCUCGCCGACCACGAGAUCGACCUCACGACCUUGAGAAAGCGCCUCACGAGCCGAGCUUACCACAAAGCUUACAACCUGGCGAUCAAGGAGGGCAAGGAUGAUGCUGAAGGUAAGAAGUGUGCGAAGCUUGCCUCGGCAAAAGCCUCGGCUGAGUUUGAGAAGGAUUACAAAUCCAAGAAGGAGGCUGCACGGUCACUGACAGAAAGACUGAAUGGUGUGUUCGUCCGGUACCCGACACCGCCGGCGAGUCCGAAGGAGGAGCCAUCGAGCGGGAUGAACGACACCGAGCAGAAGAUUCCCGAUGCGACAGCCGACGAGGACCAUGGUGCUGACUCCGGAGCAGGAUGCAAGGAUGAGGCCAAGAGCACAGAAGUGAUUAGUGGACCGCGAGACUCGAUCCUCGAAGAGCAGGAGGAAGGAUUCCGGCUCUUCGUCCUCCUCUUCGACCGA